GCCCGACCCUGUGACUCAUCUUUUUGGACAGUGGGCUAUUCAAGUGGUUUACUCCUACAAAUCCUGCAAUUCUUUCUUUGAGUGCACAACUGUUAUUCAACUCUCCAGUCCAAAAAUGGCAGGAAAGUCGCAGAAGAUAGUGACUCAUCCUCUCAACAUCGAGUCUACAAAAGUGCGUCAUUCUAAGCUCUUUUCUAAGUUCGUUUGGCGCUCUUUUCUCAUCUUCAAUCUAGCUCUUGGAGGCAUUUGGUCACUUGGUUAUGCGAGUACAUCUAGUUCACUACAAUUUUUUUCAGGGGGGUCAACCGUUAGACUUGUCGUUCUUAUUUAGCAGACCUGUGAAGAGAGAGGCAUCAAAUAAAGGAAUAAAACCCACCAGUAAAGACACCACCAUAUCCACUGAAGAACUUUUCUUCUUCCGCCCUGAGUCUGAGAUAGUGCAGGAGCCCUUAACCAAAGAGCACAAAUGAGAUGUCUUGUGAUGGAUAUCAAAAGGGAAGAGAAAGGUUAGACCUUAAAACCAUUGAGGAAAGAGGAGAAAUACCGAAGGAGAUGCGUUAAAGGAUUCACCUGUGCAGAAUCCUUCCUAAAAUUCAAAUAUUUAACUUUUUGUGAACCUAUAGCUUUUCAAAUUAGAGCAGACACCUAAUUUACAUUUUAAUUGCAUUUUUUGUCUGAGAGAGAUACUAGCAGAGGAAGUAUAAACCAGGUGAAGGGUGGAAAGAGAAAAAAAAACUGGAGAUUUUUCACUAUAUUUCCAUCCUCUCCGUUGUUUCCUUAACCGUAGAUUAAAUAGUUUCUACUAAUACAUUCCUAUUCUAUGAUCUGAAAUGUGAGAGCAAAGCUUAAUUUUCUGGUUCUGCAUUGUAUUCUGGACCUCUGGUAUAUUCAACAUGGUUGAGUGUAUCCUCUUGCUGCUUUGCUAAUACAAGAGAAGUCAUGCAUCGAAAGCUAAUUUGUCUAG